AUGUUUACAACUCCCACUACACCCACCCCAGCAGAUCAACCUAAGGCUCGUUGCGAUCACUACACAGCCAAGUCACCCGCUCAGCACACGGCGGCGCACGUCCUGUCUUCACUAGGGGAUCACCCAAACUAUACUACAAGACCAAGGGAAACAUUUGUCAGCGUGCGCACGGCCACCCCACCUUCGCCCAGGAACCGCCAUAAGCCCUCACCUGACCAUAGCAAACACCCUCUGAAGCCCCCGUCGCCUCUGCCCACUCCCUCGACAUUAACAUUUAAUUCCCAUCCUCGACCCUCAACAUCCCCACGAACAUCCGUCAAUGGGGCUCCUCCCGGCGCGCCAUAA